AUGAUGGUCAAGGGAAUUGCCCAGGGGCUGCUGCUCCUGCAGCUCUUCGCUGGAUCUGUCGCUGGGAUGAGCUCUUCGAGCAAACCGGUCUACAAGGAUGCUAGUGCGCCUGUCGAGAAGAGAGUGAAGGACCUGUUGAGCAGAAUGACGAUCGAGGACAAGAUGGCUCAAUUGAUGCAGGGUAUGACAUCAGUCAAAGCUGUCUCUUUUACGGCAUGGGCCAAAAAGCAAUUAUGGGGCUGUGAGACGGAUGCUGACUCUCAUCUAGUUGGAUAUCCCGUUGCAUGGGACUGGAUCGCGGAUAAUAUCAAACGAGCGCAAGAUUAUCUGCUUCAGAAUACUACUCUCGGUAUUCCUGCGAUUGUCCAGACAGAAGGUAUCCACGGUUUCUUGAUCGGCAACGCUACGAUUUUUAACUCGCCAAUUGCAUAUGGAUCUUCCUGGAACAUGGACUUGGUCCGAAAGAUGGGAGAAAUCAUCGGCCAGGAAGCGAAAGCCCUGGGUGUGAAUCAGCUCUUUGCACCCGUGGUCGAUUUGGCUCGCGAGCCUCGCUUUGGUCGUGUCGAGGAAACAUUCUCCGAAGAUCCUUUUCUUGCUGGAGAGAUUGGAUAUCAUUAUGUCAAGGGCCUGCAGAGCAAGAGGGUCUCCUCUAUGGUCAAACACUUUGCGGGCUUCAGCGCCCCCGAGCAAGGCAUCAAUACUGGACCGGUUCAUGGUGGCGAGAGAGAGCUGCGAACAACCUGGCUCCCACCAUUUAAGCGCGCCAUCAUUGAUGCUGGUGCGUGGUCUAUCAUGGCUGCUUAUCACUCCUAUGAUGGUAUUCCAGCCGUGUCCGACUACCAUACCCUGACCGAGAUCUUGCGAAACGAAUGGGGCUAUGAGUAUUUCGUCAUGACCGAUGCUGGCGGCAGCGAUCGAAUCUGCAGCUACUUCAAACUCUGCGAGAGCGACCCCAUCGACAUGGAGUCCGUCACUGACCAAUUGCUGACUGCUGGUAUUGACGUGGAGAUGGGAGGCGGUUCCUUUAACUUCCAGAAAAUCCCCGAGCUCGUCAAAUCUGGCAAGCUGGAUAUUUCCACGGUCAACACCGCUGUCUCCAGACUCCUUCGUGCCAAGUUCGAGAUGGGCCUGUUUGAGAAUCCUUACCCUGCUUCCCCGGAGAACAAAUGGGACAAGCUGAUCAACAGUCCUGAGGCUGUGAAGCUUGCUCGGGAUCUGGACAAGGAGUCGAUUGUUCUGCUCGAAAAUCAUAAUGCGACUCUCCCUCUGUCCAAGUCAGGUAACAUUGCAGUGAUUGGGCCUAUGGCUCAUGGGUUUAUGAAUCUCACAAAUCCUUGCAAGUACGGUGACUAUGUCGUUUACCAAAGCCAGUACCGAGGCAUCACCCCGUUGGAUGGCAUCAAAGCCGCAGUGGGAGACAAAGCCCAGAUCCACUACGCGCAGGGCUGCGAAAGGUGGAGCAACGACCAGUCUGGAUUCGACGAGGCGGUCGAGGCUGCAAAGAAAUCGGAUGUGGCCGUGGUGGUGGUGGGCACCUGGUCGCGAGAUCAGUAUCAGCUCUGGCAGGGCCUGAAUGCAACAACCGGUGAGCACGUCGAUGUGGACGACCUCUCGCUGGUGGGCGCGCAGGCUCCGCUCAUCAAGGCUAUUGCGGACACAGGCGUUCCCACCGUCGUAAUUCUCUCCAGCGGAAAACCCAUCACCGAGACCUGGCUGUCCAACUCCACCUCCGCUCUCGUCCAGCAAUUCUACCCCUCCGAGCAGGGUGGCAACGCUCUCGCGGAUGUUCUCUUUGGGGAUUACAACCCCUCUGGUAAGCUGUCUGUCAGCUUCCCUCGCUACGUGGGUGACCUGCCUAUCUUUUACGAUUACCUCAACUCCGGGCGACUGAUUGGCGACUCUGGACAAGAGCUCAGCAAUGGGACACUGGUGUUUGGCCACCAGUAUGUCCUUGGCAACCCAACGCCCUGGUACCCAUUCGGCUAUGGCAAGAGCUACUCCACUUUCGAAUAUGGAUCUGUCAGUGUGGACCGCAGCUCCGUCUCGGCUUCAGAUAGCAAGAUCACAGUCAGCGUCAGGGUGACCAACACCGAUACGAAGCGUGAGGCCACCGAGGUUGUCCAGGUUUACAUUUCCGACAAGAUCGCCUCCGUGGUUGUUCCCAACAGACAGCUCAAAGGCUUUGAGAAAGUAGUCAUCCCAGCUGGAAAGACCAAGACAGUCAGCAUUCCGAUCAAAAUUGAAGAUCUUGGUGUUUGGAAUACUAAGAUGAAAUAUGUCGUCGAGCCAGGCGAAUUUACUGUCUUCGUUGGCAGCAGCUCUGAGGAUAUCAGAGGCAACGCCACUUUCACUGUGCGGUGA